CCUUAUUCACGGUGCGGAUCUAGCAAGCCGAGCGCUGCUUCUCACAUUCUCAGAUCUCUGCCGCAAGUCGUGAGAUAUUCGCGAUAGUCUUUUCUUUUUUUUAUAUCUGCGUUUUUCCUACUGGUAUCUCGCGGGUCGCGUUUCUCGAACAGUGGCUACUAUGAUGUAUUCGAGACUGCUGUGUGAUCGGGGUUUUUUCUUCUUCGUUUGUCUGGCCGGGGUUGUUUUAGUGACGGAAAUAGGAGCAUACAGGGAUUCAUCAUGUCCAAGGAUAUGCAAAGAAAAUGCUUACGGGGAUCCAGUAUGCGGUAGCGAUGGUAUCAUUUAUCCAAAUAUAUGCGAAAUGAAGAAAAAAACAUGUGGGAAAGGUGUAUCCCUGUCAUCGGACCCAAAUUUUUGCAAGAGAUCAUCUGGUUCGAAAUGCGACCAUAAGUGCGGUGGUGAAAAAGAUUUAGUAUGUGGUACCGAUGGCCGGACGUACCUCAACAGAUGCAUGUUACAAGUGGAAAUUUGCAGACUUGGUAUAGGACUUUCCCAUUUAGGUCCUUGCAACAACAUUAGCGCCCACAGAGAAAAUUGUCCCGUUGACUGCAAACAAGCCCCAUUGGAUGGACCGAUUUGCGGCAGUGACGGCAAUGUCUACAAGAGCACCUGUCAAAUGAAGCUGUUGACGUGUGGACAAGGAGUAGUAAGGACCAACAAAAAAUACUGCCAGACAACGAGACACUGCAGAGAAUCCUGUUGGAGAAACGCAAAACCUGCUUGCGGUUCAGACGGAAAACUAUACGCAAAUGUAUGCAGAAUGAAGGCAAAAAAUUGUGGGAAACAUGUGUUUGAAGUCCCGAUGGCCUACUGCGCAAGUCAGGAACGUACGUCGCAUGGUUCUUCCUGUCCAACAGGAUGUAAAAACGAAAUAGAGAAGCCUACUUGCGGUUCUGAUGGUUACAUUUAUAGGAGUGAAUGUGAAUUAAAAUUAUUAAAUUGUGGUAACGCCAGACGAGUAGUAAAAGUAGACUACGAAAAAUGCCGUACCAAAAUCUCCAAAUGCAUAAAAAUCAAAUGUUCCAACGACUACGAUCCCGUUUGCGGGACAGACGCUAGAACCUACACGAACCAAUGUCAACUGAACUUGGCAACGUGUCUGAAAGGUGUCCAAUUUGCUCACAUAGGAAACUGCACGAAAUUGAAAGAGCAAGAUCCUUGUCCGGCAAAAUGCAAUGAGGAUUUUGAAGACGAACCCAUUUGCGGAUCAGAUGGUAAUGUCUACAAAUCGUUAUGCCACUUGAAAAAAGAAACUUGUGGCCAACUAGUCAUUCAGGUGCCUCUGCAUCACUGCAGAACCACGGCGUCCUGCAACGAACAAUGUACCGAAGACAAAAAUUUCGUCUGCGGCUCGGACAAUAAAUUGUACAAAAACGAGUGCGAGAUGAGGCGAAACAACUGCGGAAAACACGUGUACGUCGUACCGAUGAAACGCUGCAUAGCCGGAUUUCAAUUCAAAGGCUGUCAGAAGAUCUGCCCAACCUACUAUGACCCCGUUUGCGGAACAGACAAUAUGACCUACAGUAAUACAUGCUUCUUGGAAAUCGAAAAUUGUCGAUCAAGGUCACUAGUUACAUUGAGGAACAUGGGAACUUGCACCGAACCAGUCAACGAAAUACCCAAGAAUUAUUUAUAUUAAUUUAAACAAAUUCCAAAUUGGAAUUUAAAUUCUGUACUAAUUGCGAUUUUUUUUUUUUAGAAGAAAACAAUUUGUUUAAAUUCCAAAUUCAGAUUGAUAAAGAGCCAUUUUGUUGAAUUGAUAAUGUUCUGACAGAUUGUUUAAUCGCAAAUAGAUGUCAAUUUAGAGUUUUAUGGAUUAUAGAUUUUUAAUUAAACAAAAAUUAAUGAUUAAAACCAAAAAUUGUCAAUAACUUUCGCUUUAUAAGAUUGACGAUUUUCAAAAAAAAAAAAUAUCCAGCUUGGCUAUGAAAAUUUACCAAUUUCACAUUCUAGACUCUAAAUUUAAAAAAUAUGAUUAAUCAGAUAUUCUCAUAAACAUAAAAAUAUUGCUACUCCAUUUGUUGACAUAAAAAUGUCGAGAAAGUAAGAAAUAAAACCGAGAUUCUUUACUACCCUCUUAACUAUUAUUAAAAUAUUAAAAAUCUUCUGACAUUUAUUUAUUUAUUUCAAUUUAUCACUAAAGUGGAGUCUCUUUCCGCCUAAAUACCAGUAUUGCCAACUGCAAUGACAUAUAUGUCAAAAAUUGGCAGAUUCUGACAGUUAUUUAUCUAUUAUUGUUCAAAUAUUGAUAAAAAAAUAAUUGUAAAUAUAUGUUUCCUUCGAGCGUACGCAAAGUAGUACUUUUCCGCAUGCAUUUCCGUGCGCAAAGUAGCACUUUUUCGCACGCCGUGCGGCUAAGAUUUCUUUCCGCACUGAGUGCAGAAAAGUUAAACUACUCAAAAAUUACAAACAAAUAAUUUAAUUUUCGAUUAGUAUUUUUUAUUGUUAUGUAACGUUUUGUUGUGUAAUUUUUCUUUCAAAAACUAGAAUUAAGUUAUAAUGUUUAACAAACCACUUUAAUUAACCCCAAUCAGUUUUUUUUUUAGAAUCAAUAGAAUUCAUCCCCUUAUAAAGCUUGAUUUUUCCUGAAAAUUUCAAUUUGAUAUCGUUUUUUGUUUCUGGAUUUAGAUUUUUUUAAUAUUUUAAUACCCCUAUCUACCAAUUUUAAUUAUUUAUUCCCUUAUAAAACUUGAUUUUUACUAAAAAAAAUCAUGUUGAUAUCGUUUCUGUUUUUAAAUUUCUUUUUUUUAACCCCCCUGACGUCCAUUUUAUUCAGAUUUUCUUGAAAUAGGCUUUGUCCCCUCAUAGAGCUUGAUUAUUGCAAAAUAUUUCAAGUUGAUAUUAUUGUUCAUUUUUGAGUUGGGAUUUUUUUAAAUAUUUCAACCCCUUAUCCACUUUCCAUUUUCAUUCAAGAUUGUUUCAGAAUCAGUAGAUCUUGAUUUUUACUAAAAAUUUCAUGUUGAUAUUGCUUUCCGUUUUUGAUUUAUAACUUUUUUUAAUUUCAACCCCACUUAAACACCCCAUUUUUAAUCAAUUUUUUUCAAAAUAGAAGAGCUUCGUCCACUUAAAGAUCUUGUUUUGUGCUAAAAAUUUCAAGCUGGUAUAAUUUUUUCUUUUUGAGUUAGGAUUUUUUUAUAUUUUAACCCCCCUUACCAAUUUAUUUAAAUUUUUUUCAGAAUCAAUAGGCUUCAUCUCCUUAUAGAGCUUGAUUAAUUUUAAAAAUUUCAUGUUGAUAUCGCUUUUCGUUUUUGAUUGAUGAUUUUUUUUAAUUUGAACCCCAUUUUUAAUCAAUUUUUUUCAAAAUCAAUAGGCAUUCUCCCCUAAUAGAGCUUGAUUUUUGCUAAAAACUUUAAGUUGAUAUUUUUCGUUUUUAAGUUACGAUUUUUUUAAUGUUUGUCAUUUUCCAUUAUUUUUGUUGACUGAUAUUUAUGAAGCUCGUAGGAAAAAUUUUGUUUCGAACAACAUGCAUUUUCCGCACGCUUCCGUCGUUCGUCUAACCUAACUGUAUUUGCGUGCGGAAAAGUGAUACUUUCCGCACUUGUUAGGAAAACAACUAUUCUCUAUUUUAUAAUUCAGUCAUCAAGUCUCAAGUUUGUAUUUUUUGAAAAAAUAAUUUUGUUUGUAAUUUUAAAAGUGGUUUUUUUAUUUAUUUCUUAAAAACUAUUAGAUAGAGAAUACCUACCUUCCAGUGGCAUAGAUAGCUUUUUGCAAAGGGGGAUAAGACAAAAAUAUACUUACAUAGUUGAAGAGUCUUUUAUUUAAUGCACUCAUAUUUUCGUAGACUGUAUAGGGGGAUUGAUUCCCUUAAUCCCCCUCCUAUCUACGCCACUGCUACCUUCUAAAAAGUUGGAAAACUGUUGUUUGGUAAUAUUGUUAAAUGUUGUAACCUGUAGUUAUUCUAAGGUCCAAUUUAGCAUUAAGAUUUAUUCCUACUACACCAUAUGAAUUAUAAUUGUUUUUCAAUUUAUAAUUAAUAUCCAGAUCAUGUUCAGUAUUCCAAUAAUCAUACGUUGGUACAGAAGAAUAGUGACGUUUAAAUAUUUUUUGAAAAAAAAUGUUUGCUUUGAUAACAUUAGGACUAAUAAAAAAAAUAUUUUAUUUUCACCUAUUUUUUUGAGAAAAUUAUUUAAUUUGUAUGACUUGUGUCACUGUUGAAAAUAAUGUUAAUUUAUUUUUAAUAAAUCUGGAAAAAUUUUGAUUUAUGUCACUCUAGCAAAAAAUUGACGAUCUUAUAUCAUUUACUGUCGGAGCAAAACUAGAUUUGUGUCACUCUUCGUCAUAAACUGCACUGCAAGUAGCAUUAUAUAAUUUUUUAGUUGUGUCACUGUUCUUGCGCACCAACGUUUUAAAUUUGAAAGGUUGAUUUUAUAUCAUAUAGGGUUAUUAUUAAAUCGAUACUUCUGGUUUAACUGUGUUUAUAAGCAGUGACGUAGCCACGGGGGGGUUUGGGGGUCAAAACCCUCCCAUGAAGGUUUCUUGCGUCACCAUUUCUGCUAUAGUAUUGGCGCUGAUCGUUAUUGACUUCCUUGAUGUAACCCCCAUAGUUCUCAGAAACCCCUCCCAUACAAAAUGGCUAGCUACGCCACUGUAUAGAAGUCAUUAAGAUAAAAACAUUUCAAAACAACUCGAAAAUAAAAGGACAAUGAUUAAGUAAGGAGUUUUCGACAUUACCAAAGAUUACCAAGAUGGCUACGAUACUGAAUGGCGUAGCCAAAAAUCUGUCAUAGGAGGGUUUUUUCUUUUUAAAUUUAACAAAAAUAAAUAUUUUUUUUAUAAAACGAUAAAAAGUAAAUAAAAACAAAUUAAAAAUAUAAGUAGAAUUGAGUUUUGGUAUUUAAAAGUAAUUUUCUUUUAUUUUUUGCAAGUACAUCAAGCACUUCAGUUUCUAAGUAUUUAAACCCAUUUAAAAUUCAUAAUACUUUUGCCGCCCCAUGGCUACGCCUCUGAAGACAAAUAUCGUCUUGACCUACUCCCUUUAAAUUGGAGUGUUAACAUUGUUGCCAAAUUGAUCCCUAUACAAUAGUAUUUCAUGAUGAAUAUUUUUUGUCUUAGAAAAACUUCCAAAGUCAUUAAUAAAGGAAUAUCCAAGGGCGGCUCCAGGGGGGACAUGCGCAUUAAAAAGACUUAUAUUAGUUAAAAAAGAAGUAUCAAUGUAGGAAAUCGCCCAGUAUAGAUUCAUGAAUACCUUUCUGUUAAACAUCUCAAUGUUACCUAAAAACAACUAAUUUUGGAUUGAGAAAUAAAUAAAAUGGAUGAAGUUUCCAUAUUCCUGGAGAAAUGUCUCGUAUCUCAAAUAAAUGUGAGUUUAACUAAUAUGCACAGUGUUGUCUAGUUUAUUUAAAUUAAAACUAUAAUCGCUAUUUUUUAUAUAACUGACUCUAAACAACAAAUUAUUUGCAAUAAAUAACAUCAUACAAUUGUUUAAUAAAUUAAUAAUACUGUGCAUAUUAAAUGCAUUAAUUUUUAUGUUUACAAAUAUAUACUUUCUAUUUUGGUACCAAGUAAAAAUAAAGUUCUUACUGCCCUAUAUUUUCA